AUGGAUGCACCGGCAAACAGAGACGUCAACGGACCGGGAGUAGCCCCUUGCCCAACCACUGCUCUCAACUCCUCCCACUCCAAGGCUCACAGCAACGCCAGCAAGACACCCAAGAUUCCUUCACCAAUGGGGCCUUCGACGAGCAUCAACAUGACACCUAACGGGGCCACAUUGAACGCGGCUUCAUAUCCAACCCCAGUCAGCACACUAGUGCCUCUAUGCAAUGACGACUCGACUGUCUCUCCGAAACCCCUCCAGCCCAUUCUCCCCGCUGAUGCCAACCCCGUGGGCGGAACAUCCAAUACCGCUCUCCCCGUAGAGUCCAACUUCCUGCCUACUCCACCGGCUGACCUAAUAUCACCAUCGCAACUUACACCACACGUACAUAGCCAACAGCAAGAAGAAGAGGUACAACAGUCAGAACGGCCAGGAGAGCAACAACAGCAAGAACAGCUUCAAUCACAAGAACAUCACAGAAGACAGAAACAUUUGUACCACAUGCAUCAACUGCAGGCGUUUAUGGCCCUGUAUCAGCGGAGGGAACAACUGCCACUCCCAAUUCAACAACAGCUUGAGAAAUUUCGACAAAAGCUACAACCCCAAGUCAUGCACCCACCCUCCUCCUUCGUCUCAAACCAGCCAAGGACUCAAGACCAAGCCUCCAGCUCCAAACCCACCGCCGUACCAGAUCCCUCAUCCCAUGUCCCCCACUUUCCCAUGCACCGCAAGCAGAGCCUCGAGACUCACGACAGUAAGCGCCUCAUCCAACACAACCUGCAUUACCAGCAGGUUUUGAGGAAGGACCCUCACCUCGCCUUGUUACUCCAAGAUAAAUUCAUGACCCGGCUCGAACUCCAAAGCCUGCUCCCCAAUAACAGACCUCCCAAGCAGUUUGUCAGCAUGAGGGAGGUGCAGAAGGCUCCAUCGAACAUGUACGAGUGGCAGGCCGAGAGGGAGAUACAGAAGAAGAACGAGGAGCUGCUGAAUAAGAAGAGGUUAGAGGAGAUGCGUAUGGCGCUGGAUCAUAUUUAUGGGGUUCAGUCGGGAGGUAGAAGGGUUGCUGGUGGUAGUGGGACUGGUCAUGCCAGUGGCAGUGGGAAAAAGAUGGGAGCUCCAGCCGCUGCCAUGAGAGCAAGAAUGGCGACAGCAAUGCCAGGAGGAAGUGGGAGUGCCCAUCCCAAUAGCAGUGGGACAAAGACGGGAGCCCCAGCCGCUGCCAUGAGAGCAAGAGUGGUGGCAUCAAUACCGGCAGCAAUGCCAGCAGCACAGGCGGCUGGAGUUGGUGUUGAUCCUCGUUUGAAUGGGGGGAAUAACGGAUCUGACAAGCGGAAGGCCGAGGCAGGGACAGGAACUAGGCCGGAGAAGAGGUCUAGGAUGGAGGUGAACACCGGGACGGGAGCGGCUAGUGUCCUGAAGCCUGUGAAGGAAGCUGGAGGACCACAGAAAUCUGGAGAUGCCACGAAGGCCGGAGGAUCACAGAGUGUCGGGGAGUCACAGAAGGCCGAAGAGUCACGAAACGCGGGAGGAUCGCAGAAAGCCGGAGGAUCACAGAGUACCGGAGGAUCACCGAGUGCCAGAGAGUCAAAGGCUACCGAAGGAGCACAACAUAAGAGGAUUGCGGAAUUCCGAAAGAAUGGGACCGCAUAG